GCCAUCUAAAUUAUUGGUGGAAUUAAACUAAGGGUGCUUUUAUACGGUGAUUACCUAACCGAAGAUUGGAAUUACGAACAGCCCUUUAACGCAACAAACAAUUGCGCAGUUCAGGGACUGCUGCCUGCCCGUGUUGUUGCUUAUCUAAAGCUGUGGGAGAGAUGUCGGCUGCUCUGAGUCUGCGCCUUCUCUACUGUUACUCAAAGCCAGGCACGUUUGGAUUUGGUCCUGGUGUCAAGCGGUCUUUCGGUCUCAGUGUGCAAAGAAAUGGCUAUAAGUAUGUCAAUGCACAGGAGGUACCAACAGACCUGAAAUCUAUCACUGACAGGGCUGCAACAACUCUUCUCUGGACCGAACUCUUCAGAGGUUUGGGGAUGACAAUGAGUUACCUCUUCCGUGAACCUGCCACCAUCAACUACCCGUUUGAGAAGGGCCCUUUGUCUCCUCGCUUCCGUGGUGAGCACGCCCUCCGUCGCUACCCUAAUGGAGAAGAGCGCUGCAUUGCCUGUAAGCUGUGUGAAGCCAUCUGCCCAGCUCAGGCCAUCACCAUUGAAGCGGAAACUCGAGCUGAUGGCAGCAGGAGAACUACACGCUAUGACAUUGAUAUGACCAAAUGUAUCUACUGUGGCUUCUGUCAGGAAGCCUGUCCUGUUGAUGCCAUUGUUGAGGGUCCAAACUUUGAGUUCUCCACAGAGACUCAUGAGGAGCUAUUGUACAACAAAGAAAAGCUGCUCAACAAUGGAGACCGAUGGGAGGCUGAGAUAGCAGCCAACAUACAAGCAGACUACCUGUACAGAUAGACUCUCUGUUGUGUGUACACAGCCCCCAAAGAUGUUUAGACAUAAAAAAUAUAGAUUUUCAUUGUUCUAUGCAAAAGAUUAAGUGUAGCUUUAAGGAAAUUCAAUGGAGUUUCUUAUGAAGGAUGAAGCCUCAGAUGCUGUGGUCAAACUUAGAGGUUAUAUAAUCACGCACAAUUCUUACUUCUUGUGUUGUAAGGCUAUGUUGACCAUUAUUCUGUAUUACAUUUCACUGUCAGUAAAAAACUACUUUAUCCUGCACUUUAGAUGCCUAUUAUACCUCAGUGUAGUAGCUAGGCCCUUAACGACCAAGUCUAUAAAAUGUUGCCAAGGCUUUUUUAAAAUACUGAAAUAAAUUGUGUUCAGAAAAUGAAAUUUGCCACUUUGUGUGCCCUUGUAUACUAAAACAAGCCUAACCUAAUUGAGGGUCCAGUGCCAUUUGCUAGUCUGGUCUUACAGCAAGCUUUAACAAUUAAGAUUACUGUUGAAAUGGGUAUGUGAAUAAAAAAUAUGGAGAAAAAUUAAUUGAAAAAUAUCCAAAUUAACUUCAUCAUCUGUCUUAGAAAGAUACGUAGAAUAAAUAAAAGAGUAUUUGUGCCAGUUUGGGAAAGAAAUUGCUGAUCAGCUAGAGGUUCAUGUAUUUGUGUGAUUUGACUAAAACCUCAGAGAGUAACAGGGAGAACUAAUUUUCUGGCUUGUGCUGGUUUUAGAGAUGAAAAUAAUGCUAAAAUUAUGAAAACAAACCUUUUUCAUCUCAUUUCGCAUUUCAAAUAAUAAAACUAUGGCUUAUGCUUUGACCUAAAGGUUUCUGGAUGUGUUUAUACAGCUCCGCAGGCCAGCACAGCACUCGUUUGUGAUUAUAUGAGCAGGGGUCGCUCCUCUAUCUACAGGUUAUCAUACAGAUGAAGAUGAAAUU